CAAUAAAAUCAGCGCUAGAAGCAGCACUUCCUGGACUCUCGUGCAGUCCGGAUUGGGUGGAACAGGAAGCAGUCGCCGGCAGUGCUGACAGUACAGUUUGCUUUGUGAAUACUCUGCUGGAAUAGAUAUACAACAUGCCGGCUUACCAUUCGAGUUUGAUGGAUUCCGACACCAAAAUGGUGGGAAACAUGGCUCUGUUGCCCCUGAGAACGCAAUUCAAAGGCCCUGCCCCAAAAGAGACCAGAGAUACAGACAUCAUCGACGAGGCCAUCUACUACUUCAAAGCCAACGUCUUUUUCAAGAACUACGAAAUCAAGAAUGAAGCGGACCGAACUUUGAUUUAUGUCACUUUGUACAUCUCAGAAUGCCUCAAAAAGCUGCAGAAGUGCAACUCUCGGGGCCAGGGGGAGAAGGAGAUGUACACUCUGGGAAUCACAAACUUCCCCAUCCCAGGAGAGCCCGGAUUCCCCCUCAACGCCAUGUACGUCAAGCCCACCAACAAGCAGGAGGAGGAGAAUAUGAGGAUGUACCUGCAGCAGAUCCGCCAGGAGACUGGGCUCAGACUGUGCGACCGCGUCUUUGAUCCCCAGACAGACAAGCCCAGCAAGUGGUGGGUCUGCUUUGUGAAGAAGCAGUUCAUGAAUAAGAGCCUGUCUGCUCCCGGACAGUAGAGCAGUGGAGGGUUUGCGUGUGCGCUCCAGAUGCGAGGCGUGCGUUCUGCGUCGUCUUCACGCGUGACCUGCGUGCUGAACGCACGAUACACCGCUCACGAUCAGCAGCAGCAGCAGCUCAACCCUACAUCACCGCCUGGGACCAAUGUGUUCUUCCAACGACCAGUUUUUUUAAAUAAAGAUGUACGCUAUAGGACCGGUUCCUCAGCAAUACAACCUUACUAAAUUGUCUGUGCCCGCCACUCAGUACCCCAAUUGUAUUUAAAUGUGUUUAUUACUGGCGAUUGCAAUUUCAUGACUAUUUUUAGUCUUCAGUUAUCAAAAUAAAGAUCAUUUUCUGUAUAAA